AUGUUCAAGGCGCAGCUGAAUCAGCUGUGCCAGCAGCGGCGGUGGCCGCCGCCGGACUACGCCCACCAGAGCGAGGGGCCGGCCCACUCGCUGAGGUUCCGCGCCACCGUCGCCGUCAACGGCGAAGUGUACCACUCGCCGGACGAGGGCGGCGGGUUCGGCACGGCCAAGGAGGCCCAGAACCUCGCCGCCAAGGCCGCCUUCGAGCGCCUCUCCGCCCUCCCGCCCCCUCCCCCGCCGCAGUCCGAAACCCAACUUCCCUACAAGUCUCAGUUGCAAGUUUAUGCUCAGAAGAGACAUAAAGAUUUGCCUUCAUAUGACACCAUUCGAAGUGGUCCACCUCAUGCACCUCUGUUCAGGUCUACAGUAACCAUAGAUGGGCGCAAAUUUGAAAGUCCUCAAGACUAUCACACAACAAAGGAGGCAGAAUUUGCUGCUGCAAGAGUGGCUUUAAUGUCAUUGUGUCAAGAAGCAAACCCAUCAGAGCAAAUGCCGGCUGGAUCAGCUUCAUGUAUUUCUUUGCCUGGAAUCCAGAUUAAUCAUAAGCUUCAAUUGCAAAUGUAUGCUCAGAAGAGAGGAAAACAACUGCCUUGGUAUGACCGUAUCCAGGAAGGUCCAUCUCAUGCACCUCUGUUCAAGUCAAUAGUGACCAUAGAUGGGCAAACAUUUGAAAGCCCACAGUAUUGUCAUACAAUUAAGGAGGCGGAAUAUGCUGCUGCAAAUCUUGCUCUGGUGUCCUUAGCCCAAGAAGUAAGCUCAGAGGAGCAAUUGCCGGUUCGAGGAAUGCAAUAUACAAAUCCCCGGCAUGAAUUAGCUGAGAAAGAAGGCUCUUCCUUGCCUGUCUGUAAUACUUCAUCAGAUAAUUUAAAAAAUUCCUCCAUCUCCAAAUCAACCGUGCACACUCAAGGCGAAAGUUUUCAGGAGGGACCUGGUAACACUAAGAAGCAAAAACAGAUGACGGUUGCUGCUUUUCAACCUUCCAAAGACAUAGGGUCACAGAUGCAACAAGGAACCGAAACCCUCACUGAGCAAGAGGUCAAGACUGUAGAAUCUGAUUCUUCAUUUCCCCAAGUAUCAAUGGGAACAAGUGACGGGCAGAAUGACUCUAAUGCUACUGAGCAUGAUUCUUGCUCUGUUGGCUCCCGUAUUGAUCUUCCUGUUGCUGACAAAACACAAUCUCUUGAUGAACCUAUCCAAUCUGGCAGUAUGGAAAAUGUUAAACCAGCUGCUCCAGAGCCAAGCAUCAAGGCUGAAGUAAUGGACUUGACACAAGAAUGCAGGUCACCCCCGUUAGUUUCAGUGCCACCAACUGAUAUGCUCAACCUUGUGGCAACAAGUACAGUGCCUGUUGCUUUACAAUCUCCUGUUGAAACUAUCCAGCCUGUCAAGAUGGAAAAUGAUAAACCAGCCAUUCCAGAGCCAAGCACCGAGGCUGAAGUAAUGGACGUUGCAGAACCAAGUGCUGAGGCUGAAGUAGACGUUCCAGAGCCAAGCAUCAAGGCUGAAGGAAUGGACGCUGCAGAACCAAGCGCUGAGGCUGAAAUAGACGUUCCAGAGCCAAGCAUCAAGGCUGAAGUAAUGAACUCAACUCCAGAACACACAUCUCUCCCCUUUGGCUCAAUGCCACCAACCAAUACUUCCAACCUUGCGGCGAAAGCAACUGCAGUGCCUGUUGAUUCUGCCCGAUGCAGUUACUCGAUGUCAACUAACCGAAUCCAGAUCUACCCAUGCCGUCCUGACCUGAAAAUGAAAUUACCAGAGGGGGCAACCGUGCUUCCCUUUAGUGACGACAAGUGGGUGGCUGUGAGCUUACCUUUUCCUUGA